AUGUACAACUUAAGACACUUGCAGGAGUACAGAACAACAGAGAGAAUCUGCAGCGAAGAAAGAGAAGAAAUGAAAAAGCCUGAAAAAACAAGAAUACUGCCAGUGGCAAAUAAAGUGCAGCUGUUCUCUCUGAGCAUGAAGAACAGUCUCCACGACUUCGAAAACACUUGGACAAAGUAG